UAGUCGCGUAGCAGUCGGAAGAGAUAUUCAGUCAAAGCAGUAUCAUUACGCGCGUACAGCCCAACUGGUCAGACCGAGAUAUUCGCUCCGUACCGCCGCCCUUGAGAAGUAGCGUAACCGCGUCGCGAUUUUAGGACUUCUCCUUCGCUAAACAUCUGAUUGGAAGGUUGGAAAAGUGCUGCGGGAAAAGUGCGUUCUGUAUUACGUGAAAAUGUUGUCAUACGCAUACGCAGCAGUCGAUCUGCUGUUGCGGGUCUUCUGCAAAGGUGGUGGAAUUGUGAGGCUAGAAUUUCACAAAAACAUGAGCUGGGCUAUACGACGGCUACUUCGAGGGGUGAUGCACGUGUUCAGCUGGUUCGUUAUACCAUACUCGUAUCUAAUCAGUGUACGUAUACGAUCUCGCAAGCUACCUCCGAUAGAGAAUCCGCUAUUGCGAAUACCGGCGGUAACUCUGGCCGCCAAGAUUCGAACAGGGCAAAUCAAAAGCGAGGAGGUAGUCAUUGCCUACAUUGAACGAUGCCGGCAAGUCAAUCCGUUUUUGAAUGCUAUCGUUCAGGACCGAUUCGAACAGGCCCUCGCAGAAGCCAGACGAAUCGAUGUAGAGGUUGCAAAGGGAUCGCGCAGCGAAGAGCAGAUGAUGGCAGAAACACCCAUUCUGGGAGUGCCCGUAACCAUCAAGGAAAGUUUGGCCGUCAAAGGUAUGAGCAAUACGGGUGGUCGGAAACUGAAGAACAGACGAAUUGCAGAACAAGACUCCCCAGUGGUGGAGCAAAUAAGAAAAAACGGUGGAGUAAUCCUGCUGGUCAGUAAUACCCCAGAGUUAUGUCUUUGUUGGGAAACGUACAACAAAUGCACGGGACUAACUAAAAAUCCCUACAAUCUCAAACGAACCGUCGGUGGAUCAUCGGGUGGAGAGGCAGCCUUGAUUAGCUCCGCUGCAUCACUCAUAGGCGUGACCACUGACAUCGCCGGUUCAUCAAGACUUCCUGCCGCCUUUGUAGGUGUAUUCGGACAUAAACCAUCCCCAUUCAGUGUAUCCCCUUACGGUCACAACCCCUCUUGUGAGGAUGAGUCCUGGGGAAACUUCUUCACCCCAGGUGCAAUGUGCCGAUACGCAGAGGAUCUCCCACUACUGCUUAAGGCUAUGCACGACCCUUCGGGAGCGCCCCUUUCCCUCGACACUGUGGUCAAUCUGACAGAUAUCAACUACUAUUAUAUGGAAAAUGACGGCCCUACUGGUUUGACUGAGCCUAUUGAACCAGACAUCCAGGCCGCCAUCAGCAACGUUGUAAACCACUUCAACGCCGAGAAAGUUCAACUGAAACGCCUAAUUUGGGCGCUAGAUAUUUCCAUCUGCAAAAUGCUACGGAUGAAGAACAUCGAAACCAUCUACACCCAACAACGGGACGGUCAACCCAGAACCACCGUUGCCAAAGAGAUGCUGAAGUACUUUUGCGGUUGUUCCGACUCCGAUCUGCCAUCGGUGGUGAUCGGCCCCAUGCAGCACAUUGUGCAGAACUACAUUCCCAGCUCGAGAUUAUCCUUCCUGGACGAGCAGACCGAGCUACUGCGGAAGGAUUUCAUCGAGCUGCUUGGCACAACAGGCGUCUUCAUCUACCCAGUGUUUCCAAAUACGGCACAUCGCCAUUUCGAGAUCUUCCACAAACUGGUCGAUACCAGUUACAUGAUGGUGUUCAACACCCUUGGUUUCCCGGCUGCGUCCUGUAUGGUCGGACUAGACCGGAACAAGCUCCCCAUUGGAGUGCAGAUUGUCGCCAGUCCCGGACAGGACCAUUUGAUUUUCGCAGUGGCACAAGAGUUGGAACGCAAGUAUGGUGGCUGGGUGCCACCGCCUUCGUGAGCAGGAUUCCUAAAGAAUGAUGACGAAGUGGGGCAAAGUGGCUCUCAGUGAUAAAGUGCAAUUUACAAGUGAACGACAGUGUGAUCGACAGAUGAGAUAGAAUAUUUUUUAACAUCCGUACUCCAAGACUUUUUUUAUUGGCAAAUUUGAUUGUAGUUUUGUAUGAUUGUUGACCUAAAUAAAAGUUUAUUUUGAACUUUGAAUAAAUGCCCUGGAUUGACUUUCAAACAGCAA